AUGAAUGCUCUCAAACCCGGGAAUUUUACGGCUUCGGAGCCAAUGUUUUACGGUGUCCACGAUCCGAACCCAACAAAGGGCGAACGAGACUUUAUUUCACCUUAUGUUAGAGGUGUUUGGACCGGAGAAAAGGUAGAGUACAAUCGUGCUACAUUUUUGAGUAAGAUGUUUGAGGAAUGUCCUUCCACUGAAGGAAAGGUAAAUAUGGCGGCUAUGAUUUGUCUUAUGACCAUCUACUCAAGAAAAGAGGUUACUGUCAUUACGAGUUUGGGCCAAUUGGUAGAAAAGUCUAGAGAGUCAUUGUUCGUACCGGAGGGAUGGGUAGGGAGAUGUUUAUCCGAUAGUGGGUAUUCACGAUUAGUCUCAAUGACGGAUGACUUCUUCAAAUAUAUUUACAUGAGAUUCCGCCGCCUCCAUAAAAUCUCUCCGAUGUACGAAUACACAUCUAUCGAGAACCAGCAUGAAGGACUCAAACCACUAGCUAGGGUCAUCCUACGAAGAGACGGUAAAGAAGACGUCUUAGGUCGUAAAACCCCAAUCCACUGGAAAAGAAUGCGAUCAGAUGACUAUCUCCUGCUCCUCAAAAAAUGCAUCAUCGAAGGAGAACGCAACGACGCAAGAAGAGAACAAAUCCGACAGAGCACUAAAUCAAAUGCUACUGCUGCUACUGCCGGCUCCCAAGAAGCUUCCUCGACAUGGGAUUCUACAGCUUCUACAAAAGUUGAGGAUGCCGAACUAUCCUGCUGUACGAUAUUCCCAAUGGGAAAAGUAGAUACCACCAAGGAACUUCAUGAUGACCACCCCCACGAAGAUCAACUCCUCUGGUUCCUCCUAACCCUCUACACCCCAACCUUCCACACCCACCUAACCCCCGUCCUUGCCACCCCCCAAAACGCCAUCCUAACAACCCCAAACAUCACAACCGGAAUCCACGACCUCAAAGCCUGGCUAGACCCCUACACCGACUCAGACGACGAAAAAGAAGACCAAAAAUCUCCGCCACCAACCGAAAACCCACACUUCGAAAAAAUAUUCCAAAAGAAAACAGAAAGCAAACCCACCACACCCCUUCAAACAGACGCAACCUACAAGCUUUACUGUCAAUGUUUCGAAGCCCAUCUAGCAGAAGGAUGUUACCCGGUUCCAACAUAUGGAUGGGAAAUGUACCCGCAUUUGGUAUAUUUCAAAGCCAGGGAAGGUAUUCCACUACCUUCACCAGAGAUAAUCAACCUCCACCGUGCCAUCGCAAUUGCUGCAACGGAAAGCGGAGCAUGGGGCGCUGGUGACGAGAUAUUGGCUGCGGAGGAGAAGAAAUGGCAUCAAUGUUGUAAAACUUAUGAGCCUCAUUAUUGUUUGAUAAGUAGCAUGAAGUUUCCGGAAAGAGAGGAGUGGAAAGAAUGA